AUGGAAUCCUUUGAAAAUUAUGAAACAGAAAAUUAUCCCAAAGAUCCACAUAUUAAAUAUCAAAAACGUAGUAAUGGUGGCACCUUUUAUUAUGAAGUAAUUGAAGUCGGGUUUUAUCCUAAUGAAUGUAAAACGACACGAGGAGACAAGAGAAUGAGUCCAUAUCCAAUUCCCACCAAUUACAAAAUUAAAACUACUUAUGGUCGCAGCGCGAAACAAAUUAUUACAUGUUCAAUUAAUUAUGAUGAAAAUCAUAGUCCAAUUUUUAAAAUUGAUUGGAUGAAAAAAGAUGAAAAUUUUCAAGUGAUCUCAAAGAAAUCGGCAACUGAGGCUACUACUUUAUAUUUACAGAAAUUAUUAGGAGAAGACACGAAUACUAAAAAAUCUGGGGUUAUUGUUUUUGGAUUACAAUUGUCGUGCCUUAAGAAGUUUAGGGAGCAAAAUGAACGGAAUGAGAAGGAAGGAUAA